AUGGUCACUAUGAAACUCACAGGUCAAGGAUGGAAUCGUUAUUCUGUUUGUCCAAACAUCAGAACAAAAUUAAAUAUUCUCCAAAAUGAGCAAAGGCAUUGGCAGGUUGUGUCUUGUGGGAGUAUGAAGUUUGAAACACGGAAUAUGGAUGAGUCAUACAUUGUCGAUGUCACAAAAAAGGAAUGCAGUUGUAGGUUAUGGCAACUAAAUGGGUAUGUUUGUGUUCAUUCAGUAGCUACAUUAGCGUUUUUAAACGUAACACCUGAUGGGCCAUAUGUAGACCCUUUGUACCUGGCAGCCUUCUUCCAUAAUACUUACAAAAAGUCUAUUAGUGGCAUGAAUGGGAUGAACAUGUGGCCUUCAACAACCUUUACACCUCCAUUUCCUCCUUUAAGAAGAAGAAUGCCAGGCAGGCCAAAAGUCAAAAGAAUAAGGGAUGCUUCUGAAAUGUCUAGAAAAUACACUGUCUCAAAGGCAGGAAAAAAGGUUUCUUGUGGCAUAUGCAAAGAGAAAGGGCAUAAAAAGACCACUUGCACUCAAGUGCCAAGGCCACCUAAAACUAAUGUCACAAAGAAACAAAAAAUCAUGCAAACACAAGAAUCAGUAAAUAUGCAAGGGGGUGGAGAAGAUGUUGUUAUGGGUGAUGCACUUAAGCCACAAACUGAUGAAGUUAUGAGGGUAAACGAAUCUGAGCAAGUGGUGAGGGUUAAUGAAGCUGAGGAACUGGUCAGGGUUAAUCAAGUUGUUAGGAAAGUGAAUACUACGGGUCAACCAAGCAAGAGGAAAAAGUCAGAGAGAAUUCUUAAACUAAAGCUUGCUAAAAGAGUUGAAGGUGAAGGUAGUAGUGUUGGAUCGCCAAUGGAGUUAGAUUAA